UCUGCGUGCCGUUUUUUUAGACGUCUCUGCGUGGACUUGGCCGACAAUGCGUGUCGCUACAUUUGACUGAGAUGGAAAAAGCCCUCAUAGAAGAUGAGUGCCUGGAUUCCGGUGCAGAAACUGGAGGCUCUGAUCACAGUCCUCUGUCCUCUACAAGCAGUGAGGUGUGGCCGGGCCAGGUGCAGGAUCCCUACCUGGUCAGCGUGCACCUGAUGGUGGACCCCGGCGAGGGCGUCUUCCUGCAGCGGGCGGCGGAUGGCGUCCUGGCCAACGUCCACCCGGAGCUGCGCCUCUUCCGGGUGUCGGAGCGGACCCGCCUCUCCCGCCGCCCCCGGCCCAAACGCCACCACAUCCCGCGGCCGGCCCUGGCGGUCAUCUUGUUCCUGCGGGAGGAGGAGGGGCCAAGGCGCUUUCUCCGCCGCCCCCCGUGGCGCUACCAUCACAGCGAGGAGGUGAGCGGCGGGCGGACGGCACUCACCCAGGACUUCUUCACCUUGGCGGCCGGCACACCGCCGUGGGCGGUGCGGGGGGUGUGCGGCGGCAAGGAGAUGGUGCGCUUCAGCGUGUACUGUUGCCAUGACAACUACUCCCACACGGUGCGGCUCUACAAGCGGCUGCUGGGCCGGCGACUGGCACACCACCAGCAGGACUUCUGCUUCCUGGUGGUCUACUCCAACCCUCACCUGGAGAUCCAGCUGGCCUUCAAGAGGCUCCCCACAGGUCAGAGGGCGGCCGUGCUGGACUCAGCCGUCAUGGAGGUCCGGGUGGCAGACGUGGGCGCCCUGGUGCCCCUCCUGCCCAAACCCUGCAGCCCCAUCAGCCACCUCCGCUGGCAGACACACGACUACGACGGGAACACAAUCCUCCUGCAGGUUCACGACAUUCACCUCAAACUCAGACGUGACCCCGCCCACCUUGUGGCAGAAUCUUGCUUGGCCCCGCCCACUCCGACCUGUAGCUCCGCCUCCUACAAGAACCGCCGCCAUCAUCAUCAGACCACAUCCCGCCCCAGAUGGCACCAUCAGCAGAGGUCGGUGUGUUCCCUCCCGCUGUGCUGUGAGGAGGAUGAGGACGAGGGGGCGCGGUUCUGGCCCGACUGGUACCACCCGUGCAGGGGGCGGGGCCAGCGCUCCAACUCGCUCUUCUCUCUGCCAAACCUGGACUCAGUCAGCUCCACCUGCUCUUCGCCGGGUCCGGCACCAGCACCGGCACCAGCACCGGCACCAGCACCGGCACCAGCCAGCCCUCGCCGGCGCUCUCUGCACAGAAGCUCCUCCCUCAUCCCCACUUUCCGGCUCAACGUGGACGCGCUCCUUGGCGCCGAGGAGACGGACGUGGACACGGGGAAUAAAGUCCGAGCAGGCGGUGUGGACCUCACCGUGGUGUCCGCCUACAUCCAAACCCACCUGGAGGCUUCUCGGUCCCUACCGGCGCCACGGCAAGACAGCCAGCCGCCUCCCGGACCUCAGGACCACCACAAGGCGGCGGCGCUUGGACGGACUCCCGUCUCUUGUAGGACAAAACCACCUCAGUCCCUCAGUGACGUCUCCAUGGACCACAACCUGCAAACACCUGCAGGAAGUCCAUGGGAAGGUGAGGAGGAGCAGGAAUUCUACAUUUGAGGACUCAUUGCUCUUUGCCGCCCUCUAGUGGACACACCUUCACUAUACAGUGUCACCCUCUAGUGGACA